UCAAAAUCAUAUAUUAUUACAACGAAGUUUCUCUCUGGCCCUCUUUGUGAUGGGCAGGUUUUCUGGAGUUGCAGUUCUAGCUCUUAUCUGUAUGGCGAGCCAAUCACCGAUCAGCGCAGGGGACGAUGACGAUGAGACACCGGAGCCCAGGAAGUGUAAAAUCCCUGAUCUGUCCCUAGGAAGUUGGGUUUACGAUCAGUAUUUCCCGUACUAUGAUACACCAGAGUGUCCUUUCAUACAGAAGCAAUUUAGGUGUGAUACAAAUGGGAGGCCGGACAAAGAGUACUCGAAAUAUAAGUGGCAGCCCUUUGGGUGCAAAAUGAACAGCUUUUAUGGGGCGGAAUUUCGGGAGAUUUUGAAGGGGAAGAAGAUGAUGUUCGUAGGGGAUUCGCUGAGUAAUAAUCAAUGGCAGUCCCUUACUUGUAUGCUUCACGUGUUACACCUGGAAUCGGAUGCAGCUGCUAACUAUACUUUAAACAGAGUUGGGGAAGUUUCUAAUUUCACACUCACUACGUACAAUGCUUCCAUCUUUUACCACCGGCGCAUGUUUCUUGUUGAUCUUGACAAGGAAAACGGCGAGAGAAUAUUGAAGCUUGACUCCAUUAGUGAAGGUACCCAUUGGAAGGAGAUGGACUUUCUCAUCUUCGACACUUGGCACUGGUGGCUUCACACCGGCCGGAAACAAGCAUGGGAUUGGGUCAGAGAGGGAAACGUGACAUACAAAGACGGAGAUCGGGUAGUUUUAUAUACAAAAGCACUUAAAACUUGGGCAAAAUGGGUCGACUCGGAGGUAGACACGAACAAGACCAAAGUGUUCUUCCAAGGAGUUUCUCCUGACCAUUGGCAAGAUGGUGUCAAUGGAUCUCAACCGAAGACCUGCAUAGGAGAAAAAUUACCAAACACUAAAGAAGGAUGCACACUCCCAGCAGAAGAGGUGCUAGAGGGGGUUCUAAAAAACAUGACCAAACUGGUGUACUUGCUGGACAUUACUAAAUUGUCACAGAUCAGACCAGACGGGCACCCGUCGGUUUACGGCGUGGGAGGGCACAUCAGCCCUGACUGCACUCACUGGUGCCUGCCCGGAGUCCCUGAUGCAUGGAAUCAACUCUUGUACUCUGCUAUUACUGAAAUUCUCGCCGCCGAGAAAAAUGGCAUUAUUAUUUCCAGUGCCACAUUUCCUGCAUUAUUCUUCUCUAUUUUAUAUACAUUGUUUUCGUUGUGGUGGUGAGAAUCAGAUUCUCUGAACCCAACGAGGUACAGGAAUCAAAAGCCCACAAAGAAUGUAUACUCAUAUCUAGGCUAUAAUUGCAUAGUUUCAACUAUUUCAUUUAGGAAUAAGUGGUGCAUUCUUCACUUUAUUAAAAUUUAUUAGUUUGUUUUUUCGCUUUGGUUUAUAGUGGAUCGUUUAAACCAAUA